AUGGAGCGUCUGGUGCGCGUGCCCUGCGGCCUGUACCAGGGCUACGGGAACGCGGUGCCGCUGGGCCAGCCGGCUCUCUCGGAGCCCAAGCAGCCCGGCUGGAGGCAAACCCCCGUGCCCCCCGCUUUCCUGGCCAGGCCGGGGCUGCUGGUGCCCGCCAACGCCCCCAACUACUGCAUGGACAGUUUCCGGAGAGCGCAGCUCAAGGCCGUGCUCUCCCAGAUGAACCCCGGGCUGGGCCUGCGCCUGGGGCGGGUCCACACCCGCGAGGCGGGCGUGCAGGUGAGCCCGCGGGUGGACCGUGCCGUGCAGUGCUCGCUGGGGCCGCGCACGCUGCGCAGCCGCCCCGCCUGGGCGCCCGGGCGCCGGGACCCGCAGGGGCGCCCCGCCGAGGCCGGGCAGGGGGACCCCGGGCUGCCGGAGCAGCCGCGGGAGGAAGACGCCCCGGGGCCCCGGGGAAGGCAGAGCCCGCAGGCACCGGGAGGCGCAGCCGAUCUGCUCCGGAAGCCCAAGUUCCAGUACUUGGAUCCAAAAUAUGGCUACUUUCACUGCAAAGAUUGUAAGACCAGAUGGGAGAGUGCUUACGUGUGGUGCAUUUCGGGAACUAAUAAGGUUUAUUUCAAACAACUCUGUCGCAAAUGCCAGAAGAGCUUUAACCCUUAUAAAGUGGAAGCAAUACAGUGCCAGACCUGUUCAAAGUCUCACUGUUCCUGUCCUCAAAAGAAAAGGCACGUCGAUCUAAGGAGGCCUCAUCGGCAGGAGCUGUGUGGUCGCUGCAAAGACAAGAGAUUCUCCUGUGGCGGCACAGUUUACAGCUCUAACUAUAUCUUGUGACAGGCAGUGUCACUUGUACGGGACACCUCAGCUCUUGUAACUAACUGUGCCAUGUGUUGAUGUUUUUUGCAGCUUGGCUCUGACUCAGCAUGGAAAAUGAAUUAGGCUUUUGUAUUUUUUGUAGAUUGUAUAAUAUAAUUGUACAUUGUAAAUAGGAUAAAAUAAAUGCAUAUAAAAUAGAC